AUGAGGCCGGCUUUGCUGGCAUGGGCUCUUGCAGCCGCUUUCUCGGUUUCCGCCGCCGCACCACCGGGGUCAAAAGGAGGGGCCACCACGUUAUCAGAGGAUGCCAUCAAUGGCGAAACACCGGCAGAAGGAGGAGAGGCUGUCGACUAUACUGUUUUCAAUGGCAUCAAGGUCCCCCCAAUGAAGGAGAUACAGGCCGACGAAUUUGCCGAGACGAUCAAAGACGGGUAUUGGUGGGUCAAACACUAUUCACCUUACUGCGGCCACUGUAAAGCCAUUGCACCGACAUGGCAGACACUAUACGAAUUCUACGCGACCUCAGAUCCUCUCCAAGGCAUGACGAAAUCUGGUCAGCCCGAUCUAUUCUCCCCGAACAGCUUCCACGGAUAUUACAACUUCCAUUUCGCGUCGGUAAAUUGUAUUGCCUUUGGUGAUAUUUGCGACAAGAAUGGUGUCCGAGCAUGGCCUACUUUCUUGCUGUACAAAGAUGGCGAAUUUGUCGAGAAAUAUACCGGUGGUAGGUCAAUGUCCGACUUCAGCAACUAUGUCGAAGAAAAGCUUGAACAGAUAAAACCGGGCUCGAGACCAAGAGGAGGUGUACAUGUUCCUCAGCCGGGUGCGAAGGGUGUCGACCGGACAGCCGACCCAGCCGAGCCUCUAGCAAAGGACAAAGACACUGCUGCAGGAGCGGCGGCCGGGGAAAAGCAAAACAAAGUCGCCGCUGCCGAGUCCGAGACAACGACUGCAUUGCUGGCUUCAGAGACGGCCAAAUCUGGGAAGACCCUGAGCGCGAAGCCCGCCGUCCAACCCAAUCCGAAAGGCACUUCCGUGGCACUCACUCCGGAAUCAUUCCAGAAACUGGUCACUACUUCCCAAGACCCGUGGUUUGUCAAGUUCUACGUCCCUUGGUGUAGUCAUUGUCAGCACCUGGCACCGACCUGGCAACAGAUGGCCAGGGAGAUGGAAGGGAAACUCAAUAUCGGCGAGGUCAAUUGUGAGGCUUCACCGCGAUUGUGCAAAGAUGCGAAAGUCAACGCUUACCCUACCAUCUACUUCUUCCGUGGUGGGGAGCGAGUCGAGUACGAAGGUCUUCGUGGCCUAGGGGAUUUGCUUACGUUCGCAAACAAAGCCCUAGAUAGUGAUGUCAAACAUGUCGACGCAGCCGCAUUCAAGGAGAUGGAAGAGACAGAAGAAGUCAUUUUCGUCUAUUUCUUCGAUGACGCCACAACUUCCGAGGACUUUGCGGCUCUCGAUCGUUUGACCCUCAGCUUGAUCGGACAUGCCAAGAUUGUCAAGACUGAUUCAGAAAUUCUGGCAAAUCGCUUCAAAAUCUCCACGUGGCCUAGGCUACUUGUCUCAAGAGACGGACGGCCGGCCUACUACAAUGCUUUGGCUCCCAAGGACAUGAGAGACUUCCGACGCGUACUCACCUGGAUGCAAUCAAAUUGGCUCCCCAUCGUUCCCGAACUCACCGCCACCAACGCCAAGGAGAUUAUGGAUGGGAAGUACGUGGUGCUGGGUAUCCUCUCUCGAGAACGACCGGAUGAAUUCUUGCAAUCACGACGAGAGCUCAAGAACGCCGCCCUAGAAUGGAUGGACAAGCAGACCCAAGCCUUCCAACUCGAACGGCAAGAACUCCGCGACUCUAAACAGCUGCGGAUCGAAGAGGCCGAAGAUCGUAAUGAUCAACGUGCGCUAAGACAGGCGAAGAGUCGAGUCAUCAGUAUUACAGAGGAGACUUUUAGAAAGCAAGUCGCCUUUGCUUGGGUCGACGGUGUCUUCUGGGAAAGGUGGUUGCGAUCCACGUAUGGCGUUGACGUCUCUAAGGGAGAAAGGGUCAUUAUCAACGACGAAGAUAACCGCCGCUACUGGGACGUCACCGACUCCGGUGCCUACAUCAUGCCUUCUCGGACCUCGAUUCUGGAAACCCUCCCUCGCAUCGUCGCCAACCCACCCAAACUGACGCCCAAAUCUACCAUUGGCGCCUUCGAAAACAUCUUCUUCCAGAUCAGAAAUUUUGGGACGUAUCAUCCGUAUCUGUCCUUUGGUGUGCUCAUCAUCAGUAUCUUCUUGCUUUUCUGGGUCUUGAAGAACGGAGCGACGAUCAAGAAGAGUUUGAGUCGGAAUUCGAGCGGAUAUUUCCAUUUGGACGGGAAGGAAGGACUGUUGGGGACAACGAAUGGCAAGGCCGAUUAG